CUUUGAACUCCGCGGAGAUGAUAUCUCGACAAACUUCGAUACGACCCGAAAGCGCAGACCGACAACUCCUCCUCCCAGCCCACCCGUCGCACAACAUGUCGUCACUCCUCGAGACAGUCUCGCUCGAACACGUGCCAUCCACCCACAGCGUCCACGUCGCCUUCUUCAAGGGCGUCGCCAACGCGGGCCACCUCCAGUCGCAGCUCCUGGCGCGCAACCCCGACUUCGAGUACGCCUUCAUCGACGCCUCCGCCGUCGUCUCCCGCCUGCACGUCCUCGCCGCCGCCUACAAGGCCCUCUCCGUGCUCCUGGACGGGAGGCUGAAGUCGCCCAACGUCCACGCAGAGACCGUGCUCGCCCUCAGCGCCACCAACAACAUCUCAGAAGCCUACCGCCGCUACGGCAUCUCCCCCGACGUCAAGGACAUCAUCAUCGUCAAGGUCCUCUUCCCCACCGACGACAGGCCCCGGCCGCCCACCGCCGACGACGUCUGGAAGCACCUCUCGGAGAGCGUCGAGGGCACCCCCGUGCCGUUUUCCGACGACGAGAUCGCCCGGUCCACCGACUGGCCCAAGGUCAACAAAUACUACAAGCUGAAUGGCGCCCCGGCCCUGAGGAACAUCAAGGACGACAAGGAGCGGCUGCGGGAGACGGAGAUGCUCGUCAUCAGCUCCAUGGCCCUGCGCGGGGUGUAGCGGUAUCGUGUUGCGCUGUGUUGACCGCAUGAGACAUACCAGCCGCGUUCUGCCGCUACUGAGGAGCUGUACCACCCUGCCAGAGAGGCCAGCGAGGCUCCUGUCUGCCUGACCUGCCCGUCCAAUGACCUGUCUGCGCCCAAGGCCCCAACCAAACAAGGGGGCGCGUGAUUAUCCUCGGCCUAAGGGUCAUGCCGCACGACCACUUCGCUGCUGAGAAACUCCACGAGUAUAUCCUGCGAUUUCUGCGAAGGAGAUGCCACGGCCUGGGCCAAUGGUCUGCUGCGACUGAGGAAGGCCAGCAUGGAAGUAGCCCGCCCACGCUAGAGGAGCAUUUGGUUAAGCUCGGUCCCAGUGUUAAGAAACCUCUCACAGGGACGCCUUCCCGCCGGGUCGGCGACCGCCGCUCUUAUGAUGGGGAGUUAUGUCUGCUCGCUAGAACUUGGGUCUGUCUCACUGGCAGUUGGAUGUCCCACGAACGGUCGAGGCGACGACUCGUGGCUAGUGACGCAUAACCUUAAAUGGCCUGGCACGCUGGGCCAGGCUACCUUCCGUCAACAUGCAUGUGCUGAUGCUCUGGGUCGGCCUUCGGGGGGGAACUCUAGGGUGCCAAGGAGGUCAAUGUUGAUGCGAUGAACGGCGAGGCGACCGUGCCUCCAGCGGUGCCAGAUUUGUCUUCGCCUGCUGCAGUACACGUUUACCAGCCCACGUGGUCUACGGCCUCAACGUCUAGGGUGUCCCGAGAAGAUUCUGGGUGGUUCGCACAAAACGAACACAGUACCAACUUGUUCGCCUGCGAGGCCUACCAGACGAUCGAUGACUAGGUGUUCUGCCUGAAAGGACGGCAACCACGUGCAAGCCCGGGUUGUCUCAAACAAAGCCUGCCGUCUCGCCCAGGACACAUGUCUACAAUGUCCGCGGGCUUACAAUUCUGGGCAUUGAUGUUGUGUCGGAUUAAAAAAAUAUAUCGUUAAUCAUUUAAUCCUCAUCCUUCCCCCUGAUGCUAAAGUGAGGGGCGCGAUCAUAUGCCGCAUGCCCGAUCAUGUUCUGCUCCUCCAUGUUCCUUCCAGCCCGUGCCGACCUCACUCCUCAGACAAAUCAGACUCCUCCCCGCCCCUUGCGCCCCCAUCAGCCUGGUUGAAGUGGCGGUGGUGAAGGGCAACAGUAUAAAACUCAGGCUCGUCCUCCUUGGACCCGCAGAAGUACUUGCGGCACAGAUACCGCACGUACCCAAGCUGGAAGGUGACGAACCUGUGCUUGGGCACGGCGAAGACCAUGGACAGGUCCUCGAGGCUGAACCCCUUGGUCUCCUCGACCAGGAGGAACACCAGCACAAAAGCCACCAGGUUGAGGCCGGAGAAGAGCACCAGGCCGCCCCAGUGCUUUAAUGCCGGGUCCAGCAUCGGGUACAGGAGGGUCAGAAUGCCGGCGAAGAAGAGAUUUACCGCGAUGGCGACGGAGCAGCCCUGUGUCCACCAGUUAUUAGUUCUUGUGAGCCUGCGGGGCUAUGUGGGGGGGUGUAAAUCGCAUACCGCUUCACGCUGUGCCAGGGGG